AUGGACGUGGAAGCGCGCAAGGACUCGUCGGUAACGCGCGGCAAGCUGACGCGCCGCCUUCUGGCGGCGCUCAACUGCGGGAUGCUGGCAUUGGGCACCACGGCCGGGCCGCUCCUCACCCGCCUCUACUACGACAAGGGCGGCGACCGGGAGUGGCUCUCGGCGUGGCUCCAGUCCGGCGGCUGGCCGCUGCUGCUGGUCCCCGUGGCGGCUUCCUACGCCGCCCGCCGCGCGCGCGACCGGGCCGCCCCGCUCCUGCUCGCCCCGCCGCGCGUGCUGCUCGCCGCCGCGGGGCUCGGCGUCGCCACGGGCGCCGACAACUUCAUCUACGCGUACAGCCUCCGGUACCUCCCCGUGUCCACCUCCGCAAUCCUCAUCUCUACGCAGCUCGUGUUCACGGUGUUCUUCGCGUUCCUCAUCGUGCGCCAGCGGCUGACGGCGGCGACCGUGAACGCCGUGGCGCUGCUGACGGCGGGCGCCGCCGUGCUGGGCCUGCACGUCUCGUCCGACCGCCCCGCGGGGGCCACCAGGGCGCAGUACCUGAUGGGCUUCGCCCUCACCCUCGGCGCCGCGGCGCUGUACGGGCUCAUCCUGCCGCUGGUCGAGCUCGCGUACAGGCGGGCCGCCGCGGGAGGCGGCAGCGCCCGCGCCGUGACGUACGCGCUGGUGAUGGAGAUGCAGCUGGUGAUGGGCUUCUGCGCCACCGUGUUCUGCACCGUCGGCAUGGUCGUCAACAAGGACUUCCAGGGUAGAGCACAAGAGCUCGCGCCAUUCCUGCACUACUGCAUUGGUUAUGACGUGAGCAUGCACGUGCAUUAA